CACCUGAUAUAGCAAAAAGGCCAAGCUCUCUGUAAGCCUGACCUUGGAUUUCCAACUCCCAGAGCUGCAUUUCUGUCUUUGCAACAGCAGAUGUUCUCACCAAAAAACAAUUUCAUUUAACAUUUUUUCUUGCUUCACUAGUCUUCUUUUUUCUUUUUUCUUUUUUUAAUGAGUCAAGUUCUGAUCUGGGACUCAGAGAGAGGAGUUGGGGAAGAAAGCAGUGAACAUUGCUAUUUCAGUGUAAAAAAAUUCAUAAAGUUGGCCACUUCAGUUCCAGGCCAAAGAAGAAGAAAAUGAUUGCUACUACCAGCAAGGAAGAAGGAAAAUGGAGUGAAAGAAAAGUGGAAGCAAAUGAUAAUUUGAGAACUAUAGAGUGUCUGAGAGGAAGACUAAUUGCAGAAAGACAAGCUUCAAGGGCUGCAAAAGAUGAUGCAGAACUAAUGGGCAUCAAGUUGAUGGAGAUGGAGAUUAAACUGAAGGAAGAGAUCAAACUGAGGAAUAAAGCAGAAAAAAAGCUGAAAUUGUUGAAGAAGAAGUUUGAGUACUUGAAGAUUUUACUUCCCUUGGAUGAAUCAGAGCAAUCUAGUUCCUCAGGAAAUAGCUUUUCAGGCCUCAAAGACAUAGAAGAGUCUGAAUCCAAGCCACCAGAAAUCUCAGAAUCCAUUUCGUCUAACCAAAGCCAUGAAAGUUCCUCCAUUUCAACUAAUUCUAGCAUCAAAGAUCCAAUUUGUCAAGAUUCAGAGACUGAUAAUCACAGCUUUGAACCCAUGAAAACUUCAAUGGAAGCUGGGAAUGAGAGUUAUGAAGAAGGAGAUUAUGUGGGUAACUCAAUGGCAAUAGUUCCAGUGACUUUCCAUAAGAAAUCCCAGGAGACUAAUGAAGUGAAGAUAAUGAGUGGAAGUGUUAAAGAAGCUCUUGAUGCACCAAGGCUUGCCGGAGGAAGGAUUCAGAAUUCAAUGGAAGGAAGAAGUCCUGUGCCUAGAAUUGACCCUUCUUUCAUAUUUGCAAGUUAAUAGCAAGAAUAAUGUCAUCUUUUAGAAAUUACAUCAGAAAGAAAGACCAAUGAUGUUUUAGCAUUGAAGCUAACAAUAAAAUUAUCCCUACGUAUUUAGAUAAUAUGUAAUAUUCAAAAAAUUUCUAACUGCUUGAAAC